AGUCACGAUCGAGGUCCGAUCCCGGGCGCGAGGGCCAAGCUCUUCGAUCACCCGUGGAGCGUACUGAUUCAGCACCGAAAUAAGGACGGCGAAGCUCGAUUCCACUGCGGAGGAGCCCUGAUAAGCAAUCGAUACGUGAUAACGGCGGCCCACUGCAUUAUGGGCAUGAAGAAAAGCUGGACCAUCACACAGGUACGGAUCGGGGAGUGGAACCUCCGGACGGAUCCCGACUGCUCGAACGAGCGCCCCGAUGGCUACCUGGAGUGCGCCGAUCGUGUACAGGACAUUGCCAUCCAAAAGGUCACGAUCCCAUCGAACUACAGCGGUCCCGGUUCCGCGGAAGUGCAGCAAGACAUUGCAUUGCUCCGGCUGGCCCGAAGGGUAGAGUUCAACUCUGCCGUGGCACCGAUCUGCCUGCCGCUCGAUUUGGAGCUACGCAACGAGCUACACGUCGAAUCGGGACGCUUCUUCGAGAGUGGCUGGGGCAAGACGAUCGACGCCGGUGGUACCGAUUUGAAAAUGAACUAUUUCUCCGCGGGCGUCCCACGGGGCGUGUGUCGUGAAAAGUAUCCCCAUGUGAACGUGGGCGAAGGGCACAUCUGUGCCACACCGCAGCAGGAAGCGGACACGUGCCGGGGUGACUCCGGAGGCCCGCUGAUGUUCCGCCACUCGAAGGGAGCGCUGUUCCUCGUCGGUGUCGCCAGCGUUCGCAAAGGCUGCGCCAUCACCGGAGAGCCGGCGGUCUACACCAACGUGGGCUACUUUGUUGAUUGGAUCGUCGAUAAUCUCGAACCGUAGGGUGCUCAUCAAAGUAUUAACCGGAGUGUCUUCGAGUGACGCUCUUGUAAACGGGUGAAAAAUUACAAAACAGCUGUUCGAAUAAACGUCAAAAUUCGGUCCACUGCGGCCA